GAUUUCAUUCCAUUGCUUCUUGGGCUCCAAGAGGGAAAAAAAAAAUGAAGAUUUUCUUGCUCUGUAUUUUUCUAAUUUUAUGUGGUACCUCAGUCUGGGCGAAAGAUAAGCAUUAUUACAUUGGAAUUAUUGAAACAGCCUGGAACUAUGCCUCUGACCAUGGGGAAAAGAAACUUAUUUCUGUUGACACGGAACAUUCCAAUAUCUAUCUUCAAAAUGGCCCCAAUAGAAUUGGAAGUGUUUACAAGAAGGCUGUAUAUCUUCAGUACACAGAUGAAAACUUCAGGACUGUUAUAGAAAAACCUGUCUGGUUAGGGUUUUUAGGCCCUAUUAUCAAAGCUGAAACUGGAGAUAAAGUUUAUGUACAUCUGAAGAACUUUGCCUCUAGGCCUUAUACAUUUCAUGCACAUGGAUUAACUUACUAUAAGGAGCAUGAAGGGGCCAUUUAUCCUGAUAACACCACAGAUUUGCAAAAAGUAGAUGACAAGGUGCAGCCAGGUGAACAGUGUCUGUACAUACUGCAUGCCAACCCAGAACAAGGUCCUGGUGAGGAAGACAGCAACUGUGUGACCCGGAUUUACCAUUCCCACAUUGAUGCCCCAAAAGACAUUGCCUCAGGACUCAUUGGGCCUUUAAUACACUGCAAAAAAGAUUCUCUGGAUGAAGAAAAAGAAAAAAAUAUUGACAAGGAAUUUGUGGUAAUGUUUUCUGUGGUGGAUGAAAAUCUCAGCUGGUACCUAGAAGAAAACAUUAAAACCUACUGCUCUGAACCAGAGAAGGCUGAACAAGAUAAUGAAGACUUCCAGGAGAGUAACAGAAUGUAUUCUGUGAAUGGAUAUGCUUUUGGAAGUCUCCCAGGACUCUCCAUGUGUGCUGAGGACAGAGUAAAAUGGUAUCUUUUUGGUAUGGGUAAUGAAAUUGAUGUGCACGCAGCUUUCUUCCAUGGGCAAGUGUUGACUAACAAGAACUACCGCGUUGAUACAAUCAAUCUCUUUCCUGCUACCCUUUUUGAUGCUUUUAUGGUGGCUCAGAACCCUGGACAAUGGAUGCUUAGCUGUCAGAAUCUAAACCAUCUGAAAGCUGGUUUGCAGGCCUUUUUCUGGGUACAAGACUGUAAGAAGUCUUCAUCUGAGGACAAUAUCCAUGGCAAAAAUGUUAGACACUACUACAUUGCUGCUGAAGAAGUCAUCUGGAACUAUGCACCCUCCGGGAUAGAUGCCUUCACCAAAGAAAAUUUAAGAGCACCGGGAAGUGCUUCAGAGGCAUUUUUUGAACAGGGUCCUACAAGAAUCGGAGGGUCAUAUAAAAAGCUGGUUUAUCGUGAGUACACAGAUGCCUCCUUCUCUAAUCAAAAAGAGAGAGGCCCUGAAGAGGAACAUCUUGGCAUCCUGGGUCCCGUCAUUGCUGCAGAGGUGGGAGACACCAUCAGAGUCACCUUCCAUAACAAAGCAGCCCAUCCCCUCAGUAUUGAGCCCAUUGGAGUGAGAGUCGAUAAGAACAACGAGGGCACAUACUAUUCACCGAGUGGAAGUGGGCCUCCUCCUUCAGGCUCCCAUGUGGCACCCAAAGGAACAUUCACCUAUGAGUGGACUGUCCCCAGGGAAGUGGGACCCACCUACAAAGAUCCUGUCUGUCUGGCUAAGAUGUAUUAUUCUGCUGUGGAUCCCACCAAAGAUAUAUUUACUGGGCUUAUCGGGCCAAUGAAAAUAUGCCAGAAUGGAAGUUUACUUGCAAAUGGGAGACUGAAAAAUGUAGACAAGGAGUUCUAUUUGUUUCCUACAGUGUUUGAUGAGAAUGAGAGUUUACUCCUGGAUGAUAAUAUUAAAAUGUUUACAACAGCACCCGAUCAGGUGGAUAAGGAAAAUGAAGAUUUUCAGGAAUCUAAUAAGAUGCACUCCAUGAAUGGAUUCAUGUAUGGGAAUCAGCCUGGUCUCAGCAUGUGCCAAGGAGAUUCGGUCAUGUGGUACUUAUUCAGUGCUGGAAAUGAGGUCGAUAUACAUGGGAUAUACUUCUCAGGAAACACUUACCUGUCAAGAGGAGAAAGGAGAGACACAGCAAACCUCUUCCCUCAAACAAGUUUGAGUCUCUUCAUGCAGCCAGAUACUGCAGGGACUUUUGACGUGGAAUGCCUCACAACUGAUCACUACACAGGUGGCAUGAAACAAAAAUACACUGUGAGCCAGUGCGGGCAGAGGUCUGAGGAUUUAUACCUCUACCUGGGAGAAAGGACCUACUACAUCGCAGCGGUGGAAGUGGAAUGGGAUUAUUCCCCAAGUAGGAAAUGGGAAAAGGAGCUACAUCAUUUACAGGAACAAAAUCUUUCAAAUGCAUUUUUAGAUAAGGAAGAAUUUUACAUAGGCUCCAAGUACAAGAAAGUUGUGUAUCGGCAAUUCACUGACAGCACAUUUCAAGUUCCUGUGGAGAGAAAGGGUGAAGAAGAACACCUGGGAAUUCUAGGUCCACAACUUCAUGCGGAUGUUGGAGACAAAGUUAAUAUCAUCUUUAAAAACAUGGCCACAAGGCCCUAUUCAAUCCAUGCCCAUGGGGUGAAAACAGAGAGUUCUACAGUGACUCCCGCUGCACCAGGUGAAACUCGCACUUACAUAUGGAAAAUCCCAGAAAGAUCUGGAGCUGGAAUGGGUGAUUCUCCUUGUAUUCCAUGGGUUUACUAUUCAACUGUGGAUCGAGUUAAGGAUCUCUUUAGUGGAUUAAUUGGCCCACUGAUUGUUUGUCGGAAGCACUACUUAAAAGUAUCCAAUCCCAUAAAGAAACUGGAAUUUUCCCUUCUGUUUCUUGUUUUUGAUGAGAAUGAAUCUUGGUACUUAGAUGACAACAUCAAAACAUACUCUGAUCACCCUGAGAAAGUAGACAAAGCCAAUGAGGAAUUCAUGGAAAGCAAUAAAAUGCAUGCUAUUAAUGGAAGGAUGUUUGGGAACCUGCAAGGCCUCACGAUGCAUGUGGGAGAUGAAGUCAACUGGUAUCUGAUGGGAAUGGGCAAUGAAGUAGACUUGCACUCGGUACAUUUCCAUGGCCACAGCUUCCAAUACCAGCACAGGGGCAUUUAUACUUCUGAUGUAUUCGACCUCUUCCCUGGGACAUACCAAACCUUAGAAAUGACUCCAAAAACACCUGGAAUCUGGUUACUCCACUGCCAUGUGACUGACCACAUUCAUGCCGGAAUGGAGACUACUUACACUGUUCUACCAAACGAAGCAUCUUCUCAGACUCACAGGAGAAUGUGGAACAUGAACUAUCCAUUUACAGUCAGCGUUAUGAUUUUACUCCAAUUAUCGAAGAAUGGCUAGGAGAAUAAGGUCCUCUGAUGUUCUCAAUGGUGUGGUGUCAGGAGGCUGCCUCUUCGAUAAUCUCCAGAUGUACUGUGAUGUGAGCUUGAAAAAAAGUUCCUGAAGCACCACAUCUGGGAGACAGGCUACCAGCUGAGCUUCCCAAAAGUCCACUAAGAGCUGAGGGAUCGUGUCUCCAUCUUUACCACAAAGCACCUUGAGAACAGUGAAACAAGCCCCUACAGCUCAGAUAAAUAUAGCACUGAUCAAGUUACAGCUGGUCUAAAAAGCACUCCAUCAUGCGGACCACGUGUUCAACAAUUUAUCCACUAGCAUUAGUGCCAUGGGAAAAGCCAAUUUAAACAUUUUAAUAUACUCCAGUUGCAUGAACAGAAUUUUUCAAGAAACAUUUUUUUAACCUGUAUUUAAGUGAUUAUGUGUAAGUCUGGUAUUUCAAUAAACAAAUGAAAACUU